AUGUGACCUCGGCAUAAGCUAACUGUGCAAUAGGCCUUUUGAUUCCAUUAUGUAAUUCGUUGAAGACGAUUUUUGAGCUUGGUUCGUCUCGGGGAAGGAGUGUAUACGUAGGAGCUUCAAUAAAGUGAAAAGUUUGCUUAAAACUGACCUCUUCUAAGUUUUGAAAGCAGUCCGUCACAGAAGUCGUCUGCAACAGGUACCCAUCUCCGCGAAGCAUCCCACAAGAUGAAGCUGUUCGUUGUAACUUUGGCUGCUCUGCUAGCAGUAAUAUCUGCCUCUCCUAGGACUGGCCCAUUUAAAGUUUCAGUUGAAAAAAUUGAAACCAACCUCAGUCCAAGAGUAAGAAGAGCGGCAUUGAGCCUUGAUGAAUACCGUCAGGAGCAACUUGUAGACCACAACAAUUACCGCGAUGUCCACGAUGCAUCCCCUCUAUCCCUCGAUGCUAAUCUUAACGCCGAGGCGCAAGCGUACGCCGAGCACCUCGCACAGCUGGGUUCCAUGACACAUUGUACCAGAGCAAAGCGACAGCUGAACCAAGCCGGGAUAGGUUGUGAUGAAGGAAUCCAUGGCAACGGGGAAAACCUCGCCUGGAGCAGCUCUCAAACCACAGACCUCAACACUGCAACCAAGAUGUGGUACGAUGAAGUGUGCCUCUAUGACUUCGGUAAUCACGGAUUCAGUAUGGAGACUGGACAUUUCACACAGGUUGUGUGGAGGCCAGCCACUUUGCUGGGAAUAGGACGAGCUUCUGGUAGCAGUGGGACCUUUGUGGUUGCUCGUUACAACGUUCAACAGGGAAUGUCAUUCGCCACAAACGUUGGCGACAAACCUGCCAGUUUGGAUGACGAUUGUGGCACAGCUGGAACUGAUGAGCCCGAAGAACCUGUUGCACCUGUGGAAGUGUCCGCCCUAGCUGAUGCCCGAAAGGACGUAUGCACAAAUUUGGGAUACCCGUACCCCGACCACACUCCAUACCCCGACCAAUUUGGCUAUAACUCCUGUUGGUUGGUCUGCGGUAACCCUGCCAGUCAAUACUCUUUCUACAUCUUCCCUACCUAUUUCUUCUCUGAUGUCAUCGACUGCAAAAAAUCCGAUGGCAGUUUCGGUGUAUGCAGUGGCGAAGUCUGCAACUAAAAGAUAUCAGUAUUGACCCGGUGAAACCAUCGAAUACGCGUGAUCACAAAACACGAUGGACAAUACCGAUGAUGACGUCAUAGUUCUGAAUUAGAUAUAUUUUUACAAACUUAUGUAGACCUUAUCGUACUGUGUAUCUCUGAAUAAGAUAUAUUUUUACAAACUUAUGUAGACCUUAUCGUACUGUGUAUCUCUGAAGUAGAUAUAUUUUUACAAACUUAUAAAGAGUAAACUGAUAAACAUUUUUCUUCCUUGGAUCGGAAAGCAGAUACCAUAUUAAUGUUACUUAAUGCUAUCACGCUAUUACAUCUCGAGCUUUGUAGACUCAGUUGAAAAAAUACAUUCAUAUUUGACAUUUUGAGUUGGAAUGAAGAAAGCCAUUUCUUUGUUAGCUACUUUGAAAUGUAAAACGUAUGACAGUGUUUCGACUCUCCUGAGUAUUUGCAGUAAACUAUUACCCAUAAGAUUAUACUCUUUAAAAUGGCUUUUCUUCAAUAGAAAUACACGUACUGUAGCAUCUA